AUGAAGAAACAGGUGAAUUGGGCUCUAGAAGGAAGAUGUGCACAGAAGAUUGUGCUAAUCAUAUCCUUAGAAUUACUGCUACUGCCUCGGAGAGCAUGCAAUGUUUUAGUUGCUAAGUGCAAUAUCAGUGACCCUCUUCCAAUAGCUCACAAGUAUUAUCAGUCAGGAGAUAUCAUCGUUGGUGGUAUUAUUUCUCAGAUUUACACAUUUUCCAACCCUGCAAGAUUCACAAUACAUCCUUCUCAUGACCUCCUUGAUGACCUUGUCCAACUUGUUGCAAGGGCAACCUAUCUCGCAUCACUGGAACUUCUCUCCACAUGGGGCAGAUUCAUCCCUAACUACAAGUGUGAUGCCCAGGAUAAUGCAGUUGCUGUCAUUGGGGGACCUAACUCAGAUGUGUGUCUCUUCAUGGCAACCAUUCUAAGCAUCUACAACAUGCCACAGCUUGGAUAUGGCUCUGAUCCAGUGAUAGAUGACCAAACCCAAGGUAUUUCCUUCCAACGGAUGUUCCCUAAUGUGGACCACCAGUAUACAGGGAUUCUCCAGUUGUUGCUGCUUUUCAGAUGGACCUGGAUUGGGGUCAUUUUUAUAAAUGAUGACAGUGGACAGAGGUUUGUACAAAUCGUGCUUCCCCAAUUUUCCCUAAGAGGUAUCUGCUUUGACUUUAUCGAGAUGUUGCCAACAGUGUAUUUUACCAAUGACAUAUUUGACAUGGUGGAAGAUUGGGUUGCAACAUACAAGGUCAUUAUGAGUAGUACUGCCAACAUUGUGGUCUUGCAUGGCGAAAAUCACACUGUGAUAUUUUUGAGGAUGUUUCGCCAGGUUUCAGAAACUGAGGACAUGCCUAUCAAGACGAAAGGUAAAGUCUGGAUAAUGACAGCCCAGAUGGAGUUUACAUCCAUCCCCUUUCAAAGACUUUUGGACAUAGACAUCCUCCAUGGUUCUCUAUCCUUCACAAUUCACUCAAAGGAUGUGAUAGGAUUCAAGACAUUUCUUCAGAUGAGAAACCCAAUAUCAGAUGAAGAAGAUGGCUUUAUUAGGGACUUCUGGCAACAAGCAUUUGACUGUUCCUUUCCGACUUCCAUGGCUGACAAGAAGAUUGAGAAAAUCUGCACUGGGGAGGAGAAACUGGAGAGUCUUCCUGGGUCUGUUUUUGAAAUGAGCAUGACCGGCCACAGCUACAGCAUCUACAAUGCUGUCCAUGCUGUGGCACAUGCUUUGCAAUCCAUGCAUUUAUCAACAUCCAAACACAGAGCGAGGGUAGAUGGAGUAAGACGGGAGCUUCUGAAUCAACAACCAUGGCAGCUUCAUCGCUAUUUGAGAAGCGUCUCAUUUAACAACAACGCUGGGGAAACAAUUUCUUUUGACCUAACUGGAGCCUUGGUAGCUGAAUUUGAUAUUAUGAACUGGAUCACAUUCCCAAACCAGUCCUUCCUUAGAGUCAAAGUUGGAAAGGUGGACCCCACUGCUCCCAAAGACCAAGCGUUCAGUGUUUCUGUGCAUUCCAUUGUCUGGCCCAGCGUGUUUAAUGAGGUACAACCCCUUUCUCUGUGCAAUGACUUCUGUGAUGUGGGUUAUAGUAGAGCAAAGAAGGAAGGGAAGCCAUUUUGCUGCUAUGAUUGCCUGCCAUGCCCAGAAGGGAAGAUUUCAAACCAGAAAGACAUGGAUUACUGUUAUCAGUGUGCAGAAGAUCAUUAUCCAAACAAGAACCAGGAUUUGUGCAUUCCCAAAGAUAUCAGCUUUCUGACUUAUGAAGAACCAUUGGGGAUCAGUUUAGCUACUAUUGCUCUUUCCCUUUCUUUCAUCACGGUGUUGGUGCUUUGGAUCUUCAUUAAGCGCAAGGACACACCCAUAGUCAAAGCCAACAACCGAAACCUCACUUUCACUCUCCUAAUCUCCCUUCUGCUCUCCUUCCUUUGUGCCUUGCUAUUCAUCGGCCGACCUGAGAAGGCGACUUGUCUCCUUCGACAAACUUCUUUUGGCAUCAUCUUUUCAGUGGCGGUUUCUUGUGUUUUGGCCAAAACCAUCACUGUGGUUCUUGCUUUCAUGGCCACCAAGCCAGGGUCCAGAAUGAGGAAAUGGGUGGGGAAAAGACAGGCUAAUUCCAUAGUUAUUUCUAGCUCCCUUAUUCAAAUCACUAUUUGUACAGUUUGGCUGUCUACCUGUCCUCCAUUUCCAGAUUUUGACAUGCAUUCAAUGACCGAAGAAAUUAUACUGAAAUGUAAUGAAGGUUCAGCUAUCAUGUUCUAUUGUGUACUGGGUUUUAUGGGCUUCUUGGCCACUAUGAGCUUCUCUGUGGCUUUCCUAGGCAGGAAGUUACCUGACAGUUUUAACGAAGCCAAGUUUAUCACCCUCAGCAUGUUAGUCUUCUGCAGUGUCUGGCUGUCCUUUGUUCCAACUUACCUGAGUACAAAAGGGAAAUACAUGGUGGCUGUGGAGAUCUUCUCUAUCUUGUCCUCCAGCGGUGGAUUGCUGGGCUGCAUCUUUCCUCCAAAAUGCUAUAUCAUUGUGAUAAGACCCGAGUUGAAUAACAGGCAGCAGCUAAUGAGAAGAAAGGAAGUAUAG